AUGUUCAUCAACCCUUCAAAGACACCGAGACUUGUCCUUGGCCUCUUGACUCUCCUCAGCUUGUCUGAGGCCCAGACCGCCCAUGACUGCCCUCUAUGGGGCCCUAUUUAUCCUGCUCCCACCAAUGUACUCAAGUCAACCAUUGUCACCAAAGCCAUCGACAACUUGAAACAAAGCCUCGAUGCAGCUUUGAGCAACGGGACUCUAGGCGCUGCCAACGCCUCCUUCCAUCUCGAAGUCUUCUCCACGGAUCAACAUCUUCUCAACUACAGCUAUGCCGCACCCCAGAUCAAGGACUCACUCACCGCAGGCCUCCUGAACAGGGACACCGUCUUCCGGAUUGGAAGCGUCUCCAAGCUGGUGGCGGUUUACACCCUAUUGGCAGCCACUGGCAUGGAGUACAUCAACGAUCCCGUCACGAAAUGGGUCCCCGAACUCGCAGCUGCUUCCGUACCUGAUGAUAGCGCCGUUGAUGCGGUGCGAUGGCAGGAUAUCACGAUCGGAGCUCUGGCAGGGCACCAGGCUGGCCUGUUGAAGGAUUUUUCAGUUGCUGACCUUACCUUUGCCUACAACGCUUCCACUGAAAAGCAGCUCGGUCUUCCUGUCCUACCAAAUAAUGAGAUCCCAAGUUGUGGCAGCGAUACCAAAUUGCCUGCCUGCUCGAGACAAGAAUUCUUUGAAGGUAUAAAGGCUCUCCACCCAGUGACAGCGCCGUUCAACAUGCCCAUCUACUCCAAUCCCGCUUUCCAAAUCCUAGCCUACGCCUUGGAGGGCAUUACAAACAAGACCUUCUCUGAAGUCUUUGAGUCAAGCAUUGUGCGCCCUCUUCACUUGAACGCCACGUACCUAUCAACGCCACCGGUAACCGACAACCUGAAUGCCAUCAUCCCCGGAGGCGAGAUUGAAAGCGGUUGGAAGAUUGAUGUAGGAGAUGAGACUUCGAGCGCUCAGGGCAUUAUGCUAUCCACCGGAUCUGACAUGGCAGCCAUCGGCCAGUCGAUUCUUUCCUCAUCUCUUUUAUCCCCAGUGGUGACGCGCCGGUGGCUGAAGCCCAUAUCCAACACCCCAGAUGGCCAUUUCUCAGUCGGCAUGCCCUGGGAAAUUCGACGAAUAGAAACCCCCGCGGUUCCAGGUGCAUCGUCCAAGGCAUCGGGGACCCGCCUGGUUGAUCUCUACACCAAAAACGGCGGAAUUCUGGCCUACUAUGCCCAGAUGGCCCUCUCGCCCGAUCAUGGACUUGGGUUUAUGGUCACCAUAGCUGGCAGGCCCCCAAUUAGUGGACCAGAUCGAAGGUCUCUUGAGAUGAAUAUCAUCAACGAGAUGGUGACAGACAUAAUGGUCCCAGCCUUUGAGGCUGCCGCCGCUGAGCAGGCCAUCAAGAACCUUGCGGGUACGUACGUUGCGACUGAUAACUCUAUGGAGAUGACGAUUGUUGGUCUGGACGGAUAUAUGGGCCUUGGAGUCCAGAAUUGGACUUCGGGAGACCUUGACUUGCUCGUCACAUACUAUGCAGCCCUGUCGGUGGCCGAUUCUGUGUCCAGCACAAGUCCAAGGGCGAAUCUGCGCCUCUACCCUGUCGGACUUCACGGAGGCGGCAAAGUGGCUUUCAGGGGCGUAUACGGUCUAAACACCAACGAAAGCGUAUUUGGUUCAAGAGAUGAGCCUUGGCUUGGCGGUUGUGGUGCCUGGGCUGGGGUUGGCGAACCGCCAUACGGCAACGUUGGGCUCGACGACUUUGUGUUUGAUGUUGACGAGGAUGGGAGGGCUACCGCUAUCACGGCUCGAGGGGCAAGGAAGACUCUUCAGAGGAAGGCAUAG